UUGCUAAAAUUGAGGUUAUGUAACCUUAUUAUUAUAUUUUUUCCCACUGUUAAAUUAAUUAAGUUUAAAAACUUGUAUGAACUAUCACUGAUCUCUUUAAACAAAAACAACAUAAUGUUCCGCAGCUUAUCAACCCAAUUAAGUUACGUCUGUAAAAGGUACGCAGGUCAUUCCAAAUGGGCCAACAUUAAACAUAUUAAAGAGGCGAAAGAUGCAGAACGAAGUGCCAUUUUUGCAAAGCUUUCCAGACAAAUUAAAGUGGCUGUAACACUUGGUGGAUCUACUGAUCCCAAAAAGAAUUCUAAGCUAAACCAGGUGAUUGAUCAGUGUAAACGAUUUAAUAUGCCAACUGCUACGCUGCAAAAUGUUUUAAGAAGUUGUGAAAGCGAUAAAAAUAAUACCCAGUCCUAUAUGAUUGAUAUUAAAGGUCCAGGGAACUGUUUUAUUUUAUGUGAACUGUACACCCAUCAGCUGCAUCAGCUAAGAAUGACAAUAGCUACACAGUUAAAAAAACAUAGGUCAAAAUUCGGAGAUGGAGCAGGAAAUCACUUAUUUGAAGAAAAAGGAAUAAUCGCAGCAGAAAACCCUCAGCUUUCCUCCAAAAGCAAAGAUGAACAAUUAGAACUUGCUACUGAACAUGCCAUAGAAUCUAAUGCAGAAGAAGUCAUAUUAGGGGAUGACAACAUAUUUCAGUUUUUGUGCAGCAGUGAGACUUUCCCACAGACUCAAACCAUGUUGGAGAAAUUAGGUUAUAAAAUUGUGGAUGCUUCUGUUGAUUAUGUGCCAUUGAAGCUUCAAGAAAUUAGUCCCUCAGAUUAUGAAAGUUAUGAAAAACUGUUAAAAAAGCUAAAUGAAAUGCCAGAAGUUGUUAGGUUAUUUGAUAAUGUUAAUAUUAGUUGAUGUAAGUAAUGUUAAUAUUUCAAAGCAAUUGUAUUAAUUAAAUUGUUAUUUUAAAUUUAUUGAAGGUUCGGCAAGAGUUUUGUAUAUUUCGUUUUAAUGUUGAUUUUUACCGAGUUCUACUAAUAAACAAAUGUAAAAGAAGUGCUGUAAAAGUUGGGUAAAGAUAUUAAUAAAAAGGGUUAAAAAUAAUAAAUUCUUUCAAACAAAGAUGGCUGUAUUAGUAUUUCACAGAUAAAAAUGGGAAAUAAGAUAUACGUUAACUAUAAUAUGCUGCACAUUUGUUACAUUAAAUGAUAAGAUGAUUCAUG